GUGUAUGUUUUGCAUGUAAUGGUGCCAUCAGUACAUUCCAUUCCAGUACACUACAUGCCUAGUCAGUUAGUCAACAACAUCAGGAGACUCACUUUUGGAGAGAACAACGAAGUUUUUAUGCCCCAAGUGACUGUGACAGUGAUUCAUGGGACAUGCUAUUGACAGCCUUUGGGAAGAUUCUGAAUGGGAGGGCUUGCUGCUGAGAACUGACUACAGCCACAAAUCACCUUUUCCCUGCAGCUGACCCCGACUGCAACUACCAUUAUUCCAGCCCAUAAUUAACCUGUCAUGUCUGAACCAAAGGAGUCGGGUGAUCGUGGGAAAGACAGGGAGCGGGGCGCCCGUCCCAAGGUGAGACAGAGCCGGUCUGAGGAGAGAAGAGAUGCCGGCGGGGGGCAAAAGGGAGGAAGAGGAAAAAAGAAAGGCCAGACGUCCCAUGAGCAAGCUGGGGAGCGGCCUGUCAGCGAUGGGUUUGAGUAUGGGGACCUGCUGACUGGUCUGGAGCCCAGGGACCGCUGUUCCUCCUCUCCACUGAAGGAGGGCAGGAGAUGGCAGGGCCUGGAGGGGGUCACUUCACUCAGCCAGGACAGGGGGACUGCCAGGCUGGCACAGGGGACAGCUGAGCCACCAACCAGUGAGGCUGAGGGCAGGGGGGCAGGUGGCAGUCGCACACUCCGCCAAAAGAUCCAGGAUGCCAUGGGGCAGUGUUUCCCCAUAAAGACCAACACUCCGUCGUCCAGUUCCACUCAGCAUGUCUUUAUGCCACAAGCUGCUGCUGCCGGGGCUGGGUCCUCCUCGCGCCGCAAGAUCCACCUUACUGAACUCAUGCUGGAUGACUGUCCCUUCGCUGCAGGCACCGAGCUGGCUCAGAAGUGGUACCUCAUCAAGCAGCACACAGCCCCCAUCUCCACACCUCCCGUAGUGGACACCUUGGUGGUCAGCGCUAGUGCCUCUGCCUCAAACUUGGCCGCCGUGGUGGAGGAUGUGGAUGACCGGUUACGAGAGCGCAGGCGCAUCAGCAUCGAGCAAGGCGUGGAGCCGCCACCCAACGCAGAGAUCCACACGUUUGAGGUGACGGCCCAGAUCAACCCUCUGUACAAGCUGGGGCCCAAACUGGCCCAUGGUAUGAAUGAGCUUGCAGGGGAUGACAGAGCUACCAUUCACCAGCAACAGCAGCUGCUUCUCCAGAGGCAACAGCAGCACCAGCUCUUGCUGCAGAGCUGUCUGGACACUCUCGAUGAGGUGGUGGCCGUGGCCGUGGCCUCCUCCUCUUCUGCCUCAGCAUCUGCCUUGGUCCCUGUCUGUGAAGCUGCUUCUGUGCCUGACCCCAUGGUUGACCCUGAGGUCACAGCCAGCCUCCAGCCAACCAAAAUUGUUGUGCCCCAGGCUGAGGGUCCCCCUACUCAGGACGGCUAUCGCAUCCACACCCAGAUCGACUACAUCCACUGUCUGGUGCCUGACCUGCUGCAGAUCACUAACUUACCCUGCUACUGGGGUGUGAUGGACCGCUAUGAGGCCGAGACACUGCUGGAGGGUAAGCCAGAGGGCACCUUCCUGCUCCGCGACUCAGCCCAGGAAGACUACCUCUUCUCCGUCAGCUUCCGCCGCUACGGCCGCUCGCUGCACGCCCGCAUCGAGCAGUGGAACCACAACUUCAGCUUCGACGUGCACGACCCCAGUGUUUUCCAUGCGCCCACCGUCACGGGGCUGCUGGAGCACUACAAGGACCCCAACUCCUGCAUGUUCUUCGAGCCUCUGCUGUCCAACCCCAUCCACCGCACCCUGCCCUUCAGCCUGCAGCACGUGUGCCGGGCGAGGAUCAGCAGCUGCACCACCUACGACGGCAUCAACGUGCUGCCCAUCCCCAACACCCUGAAGAAACACCUGAAGGAGUACCAUUACAAGCAGAGGGUGAGGGUACGGAGGAUGGACACCUGGUGGGAAUAACAAAGACCUUCUGGUGGAAGUGAACCACAACUAGGCUACUAACUUAACACUAUGGAGGCAGGCCUCACUCAGUGGACAACCAGUUGACUCACUCCAUUUUCUUCCAUUUCGCUCUAUUAACAUACCUACCUACUGCAUUCACUGUAUACCUAGCUACCUGUUUUAUGUAUUUAUAAUUUACAAUAUAAGACCAAUGUCUUAAACUCUGUGGAUACUAUGUUAUUUCAAUUCUGAUGCACAUUCACCCAUUUUUCUCUGCUCACAAUAAACUUUGGAUUCAUGGUAAUGAUACACCAUGUGUGUAGAGGUGUAUCAAUUCUUUGGGUUGAAGUGAACAGAGUCAAGGCUGGUUUGGUGACAAUAUGGAACACAUACAGGUCUAAUAAUGGGUCAAUGAAUUACCAUUGCCAAAUGUAGGGUACUGGAGAUGAACAGAUGUGACUUCUAGUAGAUAAUGUGGAUGGCAUCCUGCUGGCAAGCUGCUGAGGACCUAGCUGGUGGUAUAAACCAUUUGCAAAUUAAUUUUUUAUAUAUUUUGUGUCAUUCCUUUGAAGGCGAAAGAAAGGUACUUGAAAGGGAAUUUUUGACUCGUCCUAAUUACUUGAAUAAUCCAAUACUUUCCUGUAUAGCCUAUAGUUUUCAGAGGUAAACUAAAACUAUGGGGUGUAAGGCAGGUAAAUGUCUCAAGCUUCUAUCCAUGUGAGAUUUUACCGUUGUUACUUCCUAUCAAAUUAGAGCACAUUGAAGCCAUUGCUGAAUGCCUAACACAAAAUGAAUCCAAUUGCAUGCGAGUUGAAGCCGUUUGUCAGUGUUAGAGCAAACAGACAGUGAGUGACGAUAAUAGAGCUGUUUUUUGUGGUGCUGAGAACAGAACAUGAAGCAGCACCUACUGAGAAGAGCUGAGAACAGUGCUGAGAACAGAACAUGAAGCAGCACCUACUGAGAAGAGCUGAGAACAGUGCUGAGAACAGAACAUGAAGCAGCACCUACUGAGAAGAGCUGAGAACAGUGCUGAGAACAGUGGUGAGAACAGAACAUGAAGCAGCACCUACUGAGAAGAGCUGAGAACAGUGCUGAGAACAGAACAUGAAGCAGCACUUACUGAGAAGAGCUGAGAACAGUGCUGAGAACAGAACAUGAAGCAGAACCUACUGAGAAGAGCUCUAUCUCUGUCUAGCUUUGGUCUAUUGAUCUUCUCAGCCUACCACUGAGCCUGUGUUGGAAUCAGAGUAAUGAUGAUGGAAGCACAUUUAGGCUACCCUUACGUUUUGAUUAUUGAGUCAUUGUGCCUUGUGCUUUGAGGCUAUUGCUGUAGCCUGGUCCAAUAUACACAUUCCAGCAUGAUGGUGAUUUUCAGAAGGCCUCCAUUUUGUAUUGCGAAGUAAUCUCAAUAUCAUGUUUCAGUAGUGGCUAUAUCAAAGGGAGCAUUGUAUUAUCAGAAAAUAAAACUCCCUUUUUAGUACCUUGUCCUCACAUGACCUGAAAACCUUACCAAGCUGUUGUUGAAUUUAUGCCAUCUCGCUGUCGAUGAUGCUUGCGCCUGGAAGGCUGAUGAAAUGAUACAGUUAUUUGUACAUUUACACAUCCCUUCUGCUGGGACUAAAAGCAGAUCUGGAAGAAUUCAAUAAAGCAGACCUCUAAUGUGACA